UGGGAUGCAGUAGCAGCCGCAGCAAAGAAGAAGACAGAGGACGCCAAGAAGGCACGUCUAUUGGCAAUCGAACAGCAGCGCCAGCAAAACGAGGUAGCAGCAAAGGCUGCCAAUGAAGAACGAAUUCAACGGCGUGAGAAGAUAUUCAAUGGAGAGCGAGCUUUGCUCACAAUGGCAGCGGGCUGGCGGGCCGAGGCCGAGAAUGGCAAGAUGGAAGAGUGAAAAUAAGAUCGCUCUACUCCUCUCCCAUCUCACGGACCUCCUGGCCACGUGCAUUGCACAGCAGGAGGACAUCCACAACCUCGACGACGCGGUUCAGACGCACAAUCAGGUGUUUGACCAAGUCAGCAGCCGCCUCCAGCAGCUGGAACAAACCGUCGCUGCCCCCGUUGCCAGCUCCUCCAACACCUCCGAUCGCCUCGAGGCAUUAGAGAUUGACGUCGGAUCCCUCAAGGACGGCGUGCAGUUACAGCAAACCGCAACGCAACAGUUGGAGCAGCGGAUCUGUACUGCCGCCACCCACUCGAUAUCGGAACCGUGCGAGACAACUUCAAAGUUCGAUAGUCUGCGACUCGACGAACACAGACCCGAUUCCAUGGUUCCGCAAGUUCGACCUCAAGUUGCAGCUCCACCACGUCAGCGAACACAAGCAUCACGCGUACUUAUACUCCCGGUCGGGGGGCGCGUGCCAGGCAUGGUUGGACAAUCUCUUGUCCAAGUACGGAGUGGUAGUUGUCGACUUGUACACCAAGAUCAGUCGGAUGAUCUAAAGGCGGUGUGGCAUAAGCGGUGCCAAAUAGAGCCACCGGAGAUCAAGGCAAUGGACAAGCUGAUGACCUUCGAACAAGGCACGCUGCCAAGUAUUGAUUGGAUUGCCAAGUACCAACGCUUGACAUCCAUCCCAGACAUUCAAAUGUGUUUCAAGGUCGUCAAACACUACUUCCACUCGAGGUCUUGUUCGGCGAUGGGCAACACCUUGACUCACGUCAAGGACACCCUGACGACAACGGCGGAGCUCUUCAACAAGGUCGCGCAGAUCAUUAUCAUGAACAAGGAGGCCAAGAACCUCCACCUUUUGUCUGCGCCAGGCCCAAGCAGAGAUCAGCAUCGGCCGAAAGUGGUCGUGGUCGUGGCAGCAACGCUAACCGACCAAUCUAGCGAGGUCGUGUCUGCCAAUGAAGGGGACAGACUCGCAGCCACCCAGGAUGGUGGCCGCCUCGGCAAAGGCCGAGGACGCGGCAAGACGAAGACAAACACCGCAUCUAUCCCCGGGCCCGACACAACAGCUCCAGCCCCAUGGUCCCACUACGAUCUCUCCGAGCAAGCGUACAAGGCACACACAAGAUCCCGCUAUUAUGCUGAGAAGGGAGAAGCUUCUGAUGCGAAGCCUCAGAUAUCGGUUGGCCCGUUAGAGGCUGAACUGCGGCCUCAGGAGAAGAAACUCCGCCAGCAGGCACAGGCAAUUGAGUCCCUGAAGGGAGAAGCAAAAGCAUACGUCAGAACUCAUCCUGCUUCGACCCUCUAUCUUGGGAGCCAAGAUCAAAGGGCUCUUAGACUGUGGGGCUACUCGCAACUUCAUAUCUCCCAAGGCAGUCAGCAAGUUGCACUUCGAUCAGAGGCUGCCUACCUGACGUUCCCAAACUUCAAGGAAGAUGGCGCGUUCGCGAUCAUCGUCGGACAGGAGGCGGCGCACAUCGAGUGUGGUUUACGGCGGAGAUCAAGAACUCCGAGGGAUAGAAGACAUAAGUCAAGAUCACCAUCGGCGAGAAGAAGAAGGGUGGAGUCAGAAUCUCCAAGGCGAUUUUCAAGACCAUUGUGGGAGCAAAGAUGGAAUGAUUUCCCCCCACCAGGAAAUCGAGUGUGGUUUACGGCGGAUCUGAAGGAGGAGAUCUUCAAACUCCGCCGAGAGAUGGACAAGGUUCUCAAGACACUCGAGCAACUCACUCUGAAACUAGGUGAAAAGAAGAUAGCUCCUCCAGACAAGGAAGACACAGCAAAGAAGGCUGAGCUAACUCCGAACGCGCUUAAAUCCAUCAUUGAUAAAGCACUGAAGCCAACAGAGACAAACCAAGGAGGACAAAAUCAAGCUGGUCCAAGCGCGGCCGGUCAGAAGAAGGCAGUUGCGAAAGACAAAGUAGAGAAGAUGGUAUCGGAGGUGCAGAAGGAUGUCAACGACCUGAAGCUACUCAAGUAUGAUCUGGUGGCCGUGAAGGGCACGUUACAAAAGAUCAAUGAACCAACUUGUACCUGCACUCCGAUUGUCUCAUCUUCAGUUCAUCCGAACGGAUAUGCAGGGACAAUGGCUGGACUACCAGCUUCAGUACAUGGCAGCCGCAGCAUCCCGAGCCGGAGUAUGCCAAGCAAAAGUGCACCAAACAGAAGCACAUUGGGACGCAUAAUCCCUCCACACCCCAAGAAGGGACGAACGAAGAUCAAGCGGAAGGUGUCUGCAGCUAAGUCAAAGGCAAAGCGGAGUAUUAAUUUCGGAGUGGAACCAAUGACGGACACUCAGCUCCUUCGUCUUCACUACAUGGAUCGGAAAGAUCUAUACAAGAUGCACGACAUCAGGUACAAGGACAAGCCGCAAGCGAUCUCAGCAUCGAGGCAGGUUCCGGGAUUGAUCGCCUACAAGGGGCGAGACUUCAACCGGGAUUCUGAUCUUGAAACACGGAUCACGCCAGAUCCAGACAACAUUAGAGUGUCCAACACAACUGACGACGACACACAUGAAGACAAUUACGAGAGCCCCAGUUCAGGAUCAAGCGGGAGUGAUGAGUAUGACUCAUCCGACACAUCUUCGAGCGCCGAAGAUCUGUCGGGAAGGUAGAAGACACCUCAACAUCAGGCAACCUCACCACGGCACAGAAGUGGGAACAGAUACACAGAUUAUCAACUAAGAUUGAGCAACUAGUUAGUACAGGGAGAAUUAGCGAAUGUCACGCAUACAAUAGAAGGUACAGACUUCUAUUUAUCUCACUAUCAUUGGACGGACAGAUACCAUGGGCAGGCCGACUAGUUGAUCUCUGGUAGCGCAGACUCAUACAGUUGAUACGCUACUUACAUCAUCGUAUAGUGUGUAUGUUCUCGUUUCACCUUGGUGUAGACAUAUGUACGUGGGGAAGACAGGAAGACAGCCCAACAAGAGAUGGACGGAACACAUAAACCUUGCCAGAAAUUCGAAUAGAGAAGCACAGCGUAAAUUAUACAGUUGGCUGCGCAAAUUUGGUUGGGAAAAGUAUGUUCUGAUACCCAUUUGGACGGGAGUGAGAUCAGAAGUGACAAAAAUGGAAACAACCCUAAUUAAGAAACUGAAUCCAUUCCUGAAUACAAGGGGAAAAGGCAGAAAGACUCGAAAGAAAAAAAGACGAAGAAGAGGAAAAGGGAAGAAGAGCAGAAACAAAGAGGUUAAUCAAAA